CUCAGCCACUAAGCAUCUAGCACAAUUUUGUAAACAUUAAAACCAGCCUUACACAAAAAAUAAACCUUUACACACUUAAAUUGCUAAACUUAAAAUGGCAUUCACUGAUACACUGUCCACUAUACAACGAAACCAUGUAAUUGUACUUCAGGACGGAUACUCUCGCCAGGAAGACGGUGACGAGACUUCUAUGAGAGCCAACUGCACCUCCACGUUGAUACGCUGCAGGGAUGGCACCAACGUCAUAGUGGACACAAUGACGGCCUGGGAUGGAGAGCGCCUGUGUUCGUUGCUGGGCGAUCACGGCGUGGGCGUCGACAACGUCGACGUCGUGGUCUGCUCACACGGACACUCUGACCACAUUGGAUGCAACUACCUGUUCCAGAAUGCAAGAAUGCAUUUGGUCGGCUCGUGUGCCUCGUACCGCGACCUCUACUUAAAUCACUUUAGCAGUGAAGAUCAGGACGAGGAAUUGGCGUUAGACUCGAAUGCCGAGGUGGUUGUCAGACGAACGCCAGGACACACCCAUAGCUGCGUUUCAGUGAUUGUGGACAACUCCCAGCUGGGGGGGCGGGUUGGUAUUACCGGGGAUCUCUUUGAGAGACGCGAGGACAUAGAGGACGAGAGCAUUUGGAAGGAUGCUGGAAGCGAGUGUGUGAAGCUUCAGCGCAAGGAACGCUGUAAAAUGGCACAUCUAUGCGACUUUAUUGUCCCAGGGCAUGGUCCGAUGUUUUCGGUAAUCGCAUCAAUGCGUGACAAGCUAAAACAAGACGCAGACCUUAGUACCUAAUUGUAUACAUUUUAGAAAAGUUAAGAGUACUCGCACGCACAAGCGUUUUAAUGGCGACAUAACUCUAGGAUCUGGGCAGUGUUAGUAACUUUAAAGCGUAUUCUGUUCAAAAAUUCGAUUUUUCGUCGAAACCCAGAGUUAAACUGAAACCUUGGCGUGGUCAGCAGAACAACAUGACACCUAAUCAAUCAUGAAUAUCUCACGAUAGUUCUGAUAAACACACAUGAUAAAAAGAAUUCAUCACUGAUAAACAAUCAGGUAGUACAUAUGUCGGAGCGAGCCGGAUCGGACCACUAUAUC